GCCGGGGGGAGCAGCGAGGCCGGGAGCGGGGUAGGCUGCGCCCGUACUUAAGCGGGCUGCCCGAGUCGCUGACGUCUUUCGAAUUGGAGACGGGGUGCCCCCCUCCCGCCCUGGGCUCCUGCGGACACGGCCGGGGACUGAGUGUGUACUGUGGAGUGAUUUCUUUGAAUCAAGUUGGCAAUCCAGGCAGGAGACUGUCCGUUCGGCUGUGAGACCUUCUGGGGCCAGGGACCCUCAGGGUGCCCUUGAAGAAUUCUCUGGAGAGACUUUCUGGUUUCCGUUGGAUCAUCACAGGAACGGAGAGGACCCUGAGACAGACUUAAAAGAUGCCUUCAUCUGCCUGCCCUUGGAUCCAGAGAGCCAAAAAUUAUUUGCUUUUGAAUGGGAAAAUCUUGAGUCAGGUUGGAAAUCCCAACUCAUGUGGACCGUGUUACCCCAAGGCUUCAAAAAUAGCCCAACAUUAUCUGGAAACCAACUGGCAAAUGACCUUGAGGACUGGAUGGCACCCACUGGUGAAGGAGUUUUGCUCCAAUAUGUAGAUGAGCUGUUGAUAGCCACCAAAACCUUAAACAGCUGUAGGGAAUGGGACAAUAAGCUUGUUAAAUUUUUCUUGAACUUGAUAUAAGAUAUCUCAGAAAGAGGCACAAAUAACGAAUCAAGAAGUCAUCUACCUGGGCUAUGAGGUCUCAGGGGGGCAGCAGAAAUUAGGACAAAAAUGCAAUGAAACAAAUUGCCAAACUCCUCAGCCCAGGACAUCUAAGGAACUUUGGAUGUUUCUCAGGAUGACAGGUUGGUUACAAGUGUCUGUCCAGAAUGUCCAAGCAUGCACAACUUAGAGACCAUGAUGUAAAUCCAUGUAUAGUGGAAACAGAUGCCUCUAAUAAAUGUAUGGAUGACAACAACUAUAAUAAGGAUAAGUGUACUGCUUAUUUUUUGAAGUACAGAAACUGCAGAAAAUUCUGGCAUGCCGUUAUGAUGCAAAGGAAAAGAAAUGGAGUGAAACCAGAGAUGCCUUCAGCAGAAGAGAGAAAGAAAAUAUUGGAAUCAACGGGGAAGCCCUACUGACUAGAAACUUGGGUUGCUUGACUCUUUUCACCAUACAUAUGAAGACUUAUCAUCAGCAAGUGUACCUUUCAUGAACUGGACUUUGCAGUUGCCAUAUCUUGGAUUAAAAUAAGCUCCUAAAUUUGGAAAUGUGUGAGCUUUCUAGGAUAAAACUUCUUGGUUUUAUUCAUACUCCCUGUCUUGGGAACUUGGCCUCCCACUGGAAGACACAGUAUUGACACAAAUUACGUCUAGGUACUUUGGAAGUAGAAACUAACUUGCUCUGAAAUACUAAAUAUAAAAUUAAUGGGGCUCACAGAAAAUCUGUUUGAAAGGAGAGAGCUGGUGAGUGUUGCUGUGUAGUUCUAAUGAUGGAGCAGGUUAAGAGACUGGUAUGUGCAACGUGUUUCUGGUAUCCAGCUGUUCCUCCUAGUAGUGUGUAUUUACUGUGUGUGAUCUUACCUCUAUUUUCACAAGUUGUAUUCUGUGUUCCCAGUUUAAUAAGACCAUUCAUGAACUAAAAUCCCAAAUCCAACAAGCUUGUCAUUAAGUCUGCCACUGCAGUCAUCAGUGAGAGCAGAAGGUUGCAGUAAAUCAGAUUUGCUUGUUACAAGGUUAGAGAGAUUGUUGAAAAUAGAACUGAACUCCUUGGGUCUGAACUGAAUAGUAUCAUCUCUGGAUAGUAAAUAGAUACUUCACUGGUGGGCACGUGGGAGGUACUUGCAGAGGUGUAAACAUACACUGAGUGACAUGGCAGGUUUAACUAUAGUACAUCUCUCUAAGACUCUCUGGACAGCUGAAGCCCUAGAUUUGGAAAUGCUUACUCAUACAAGACUAUCAAAGCUCAGUUUGAACAGGUACUUUAAUCUUAAGUGAGACUGAUUCCUUAGCUAAACUGAACAACUGCUAAGUGUAAAUGAGUUGCUGUCUAGCGGAAACACUGUUUUGUUACCUCUAGUACCUUCUGGUGUCUUGGCUUAAAAGCUUGUACCCUGUGGUAAAACACAAAAAAGGCUGUCAUGAGCUCAAGUUCUAUGUGAAAUCCUUUAGGACUCACUGCAAUCAAAUUGGCAGAACUCUGGCUGACCUCAUGGAGGAUGGUGUAAAAGUGCUGUCUCUCUAUUUAGACUGUUUUGGAAAGACUUCAUGGCUUCCUGUUUCUCCUUAUGUCUGGCUUGUCUUGUUUCUUUCCACUGGAGGCCUGUUUCUGUGCUAAUGGGAUUUUUAUACUGUUUCCACCUUCCCCCUUGUUAUUUGACCUGACUAGUAACAAUUGGAGAUCUGCUUUUGCUCCUCUUCUUUCUGUCUGUUGUUGCCCUUAUGCAUCUGAGUUUUGAAAUGGAUUGAUAAAGCCCUUUCUGUUACUGGAAGGAGUGUGUAACUCUAUGCUUUUUGAGUUCUCAGAGCAUAGCUGUGCAGUCUCCAAGCCAUGUCACAAGUUCCCUGGUCAGUUCCUGGCAAGGGAAAUAGACUUUUUUCAAUCAAGAUCGUCAGAUUCUUUAUUUUAAAUUACUUUCUCUGCACCUAAAAUUAAAUUUUGCUGAUAUUUUUGUGUGUGUAAUGGAGAGCAAACUUUCAUUAUAAAUUCAAAGACUCUUUAUUGCCCACCACCUCCUUGUCACCUUCUUCCAAUACUCUCCUACAUACCGUUUUUUCCUUUUUUGUCCAUUUGGGGCCAGUUCUUUUUUGCCAAUUUGAGAAUUUUGGUCUGUUCUCAUUCCAGCUUUUAUUUUAAGUAGUAGUUUUGUUUUGUCUCUGAUCUAAUGAUGUAGUCCUGCAGUGACUUCUAAUACAGCUCCUUUUGAAGGUCUUGUGUUCUCUGUUCAACCUGUCUUAGAGAGAGCUCUUUGCUUUCAUUAGUCAAACUUAGCCAUAAUACUUCCUCAUUUUCCAUGCCUCUGCUUGAUGAUCUUGUUCAUCUGUAGUUUUUGCGGAGCUGGCUGUCCCUUCUUCCUUAGGGUUGUGUCUCUCUGGACUCUUCUGGUUUUGCUGCAUUGCUGUCUAAGGGCACCUUCUCUCCUACUUGGCACAAGUUUGUUAUUUGGCACCUCUGCUGUAUCUUUGGGCAUGUUCUUUGCUUCUGCGGCUUUACCUACUAUUCUAGUGCUGCUGUUUGCCUGUUGCUGUGCUGUUAUGUUCUGGGCUUACAUUAAAAUAUACUGUACAUUUUCGUUCUGUGCAAGAAAAACAGCAUCUCCUCUUGAUGUGGUUAUGCUGAUUGCUCCUUGCAUAAGCUCAAGUUCCUUAAUCUUAUUUAUCCUAGGUUUUCCUUUCAGGUUUUCUUUGAGUGUCGAAGUGCCCUUUCUCAUAGUUGCAUUUACAAAAUUUUCCUGUCAGUGUUUACUUGGAAAGUUUCCACUGGUUUUGUUGUGUUUUAAAGGAUGACAGACUUAUCUUUAGAUUAUAAUAGGCACACUAUAUUACUUCGUAAAGUGUUUCUAAAAAACUGUGACAGGACUGGACUUUGGAAAGUCAGAAAAGGAGAUGUGUUCCCUGCUUUAAAGUAUCAAUGCAAGUAUGUGGGAUCACAGGACAGGCUAAGGCACAUGUAAUGCAAGAUCAGUAUUCUAAUAUUAGACUUCCUGAUCAUCACUGGUCACACAUGGUAAGCUCCCUGUGGGUGUUAUGACAGAAUUGGUUUUAAUGAAGAACUGGGGGCAAUUUCAGCAGUGACCUUGUAGAUUUAGUUUGGGCAAUCUGUUAACCAUUGCAGAGAAUGCCCCUUACUCAUUUAUUUCUGUUGCAUAUGCCUUAUAGUUAUUGUUAAAUAAGACAACUUUAUGAAAAAUCUUGGAAAGCAAGAAGUUUUCUUCCUCAGGUCAUAAUGAUUCUUGAGUAAUUCAUUACUUAAAUCUAAGUUUUCAUCAUUUUUCCCCCUCACUGAACAUUGAUGUUCUUGCUUUCACUGUUAAGGCUCAAGAGUGGUAAGUUAUGAUAGCUAACACAUAGGCUCUUAUGUAUGAAAUUGUUGACUUUUCUUUCCAUUAAUUUUUCUAGUGUGGUUAACUGUCUUUGAUUGUGAGCCAAAGAUACAGUUUUUUUUCCUCAUACUGGAGAGUUUGAAUUCCGCACUUCACUGAAACACUGAGGUAAGCUGUAGCCUGCCAGUCUUACUGGGCAGAAAAACUAGGCUGAGUUCUGUUUUGCUGAAGCACAUUCUUGUGUACUAGGCCAGAAAACAUAACACAGUGGACCAAUAUAAUUAAUUCAGAAGCUGGGAAAAGACCUGUGGCUUUUAAUAGGUGUAAUUCGUCAUUUUGCUUAUGGUACAAGAACCAAAUCUGCGUAGUGGCAUUGUUUUAUUUUUUUGACAGCUGGAUGGUGCUGUUGUACAACAGACUGCAUGAAAACAGACUCACUCCACCUACUACUGGCUCUCUUUUGAGCUUUUUUUUAGUCUCUUCCCACAGAGAUCACAGAAAUCAUGCAGGAGAAAGGGAAGAUUGGUGCUGUCUCUAUAAACAGAAGAGGAGGGCAGUUUCAAGCACUGCUGGAAAACAGGAGGUUUCUGUGUAGCCUGAGAAGCUUUGGGAUAUGGUCCUGAAAAAGUAUUUUUCACUGUGGUCAUUUGAUAGCAGCUGAGCACUAAGCAGCAGCUGCAGGCUCUCUGUCAGGCUCAGGUGAAUGUUCAGACUCCCAUCUGUACAUUUUUACCAUCUCAUCUUUCCCAUUACUUCCCAGUGCAUGUUUGUACUUGGUAUGUUUGGCUUGAAGUUUUGUUUUGCCACAACUGGGAUUAGUCUGUGCUCUUGAAGGUGCUAGAAGUCAUCUAGCUCUAGUGUCCCAAAAACUUCUUCAGGUUUAAUAGCUGAAGCUUUGAAAGGCAGGGAGUUGCAUGUGCUGCAGUUCCGAGUGGUCUCGUAAUAAAACUUUCACACUCUUGUUACCAAGGCCAUGUGUAUAGGGAAGGUUUCCCUAAAACUUCUGCAGAACAGACAGGAUGAACGUAGAGUAUACGAUGUUCUGUUCCAGUACCCUUGGAGGCAGCCCCUAACUCAUGCUGAAAGUAUUUGCACCUUUAUAGUCAUAUCUUCAGAGGGGCUUUGAAAAAAAGUAAUCUUACUGUGAAAAAAAGUUCAGAAAAAUAGUACACUAUCGCAGGCUGUUCUGUUGAAAUAAUUUGAGGCAACUGGAGGAAAUAGUUCUGUAAGUAUUGAAAAUAGUGCAAAGUAAAAGAAACAUGCUACUUGAGAUUUUUUAUAUUUUUGUUGCAGCCUAUUUGAUAGAAGAAAACUCUUAACAGGGAAGUACUGCAUUAUACUGACUAAAUACAAUGGGUCACUAAAAUAAACCCUUAGUAUGUUUUAUACAUAUGAUAGCAUGUGUAUAAUAACUAAGGCGUCAGACUUGGAAUAAAUAGUUUCUCUCCAGCCUUUAAGUUUCUAUCCUAAUGAGUUCUAUCUUAAAAUUCCUUUCUGAGGAUUUUCAAUCUUAAGGCCUUCAGUGUAAUGAUCCUCAAAUCCCACAUGAUUACCUGCCUUUUGACAGUUGAGCUGCUAACUUGAAAUUCCUUUUCAGCUUGCCUGUCUUCAGUAUCCCUUUCAAUAAGCUCAACCUCUUGUCUUCACACCGAUGCUAUGUUCUGCCCUGGACACCGUUUUCCUAUUGCAUUAUUAUUUUAACUUCUUUUCUUAGGUACAGUGCAAUCCUGAUUUCAGUAAUAUUUUUUGAAUAUUUUUUGCUUUAUCAGUUACUCUGCUUUCAGCCCUAUGUUUUAACUUUGAUCACCAUCCAUGCUUGAAGUCCAAAGUUCAUCUUGGAGGUUUUGUCUAUGGCUUUAUCCUCCCUAAUUGCCUUAUGCCUAGUAAUCUUUCACAAGCUAAUUUCCAUUCUGUCUGGCUGGAAUAUCUUCCGUGCUCAUGUAUGUAUUAUACAACUGAUCUUUUUUUGGUCUGCUUUUUUCAACACUAUCUUUCCUUUCAACCCAAAAUACACAUUUCACAUAAUGUAUUUUUUGUUUUCACAAAACACAGCUAAUUUCCUGUGAUUUAAUAAAAAAGGCUGUUUUAACAGCAAACUCCAAAACUA